GCCAGUCAUCCACACCAGGCUGCGCUCUAGACCCCCCAAUUUUCUGGUCACAGCUGUGAGGCCCCACUCUACUCCUGUUCCAGACUCUAGGGAAGCGGAAGCGCAGGAUGCGGAAGUGGUGGCAACGCUGGCGCUUGGGGCCCGGGCAAGUGCCACCAUGGCAGCGGCGACCGCGGCGGGGGCUGGAGCUGCGGCUGUCGCGGAAACUGGAAGGGACCCGGCGGCCGCGGGGGGCCGGCGGCGAGUGCGUCAGGCCAGCCUGGCUGUGCUGGUUCUCCAGAAUGCAUCGCUGAUCCUGAGCAUCCGUUAUGCACGGACACAGCCAGGGCCACGCUUCCUGCCCACCACCGCUGUAGUCCUAGCCGAGCUGCUCAAGGGUGGCACCUGCCUCCUACUGCUAUUACUGCAGCACCGUGGCAGCAUGAAAGCGCUGGGGCUGGCGCUGCACGAGGCACUGGUGGUGCAGCGAGGCGACACCCUGCGCCUGGCUGUGCCAGCGCUCAUCUAUACCCUGCAGAACAACCUGCAGUAUGUGGCCAUCUCCAACCUGCCAGCCGCCACCUUCCAGGUCACCUACCAGCUGAAGAUCCUCACAACUGCUCUCUUCUCCGUUCUCCUCCUGGGCAAAAGCCUCUCGCGUCUCCAGUGGUUUUCGCUGGUCCUUCUAUUCCUCGGUGUGGCCUCCGUUCAAGCUGGCCAGGCUGGGGGUGCCGAGGUGGGGGGAGCCACAGCUGGAGAUGCCUCCCAGCCAUCCCAGAGCUAUGCAGCUGGCCUGGCAGCGGUGGCAGCUUCCUGCCUGUCCUCAGGCUUCGCUGGCGUCUACUUCGAGCGACUGCUGAAGGGUGGCGCAGCCUCAGUGUGGCUCCGCAACCUGCAGCUGGGCCUCUUUGGCACAGCCUUGGGGCUGCUGGGCAUGUGGCUGACGGAUGGGCCAGCUGUUGCCCACCGGGGCUUCUUCUAUGCCUACACACCGCUGGUGUGGGCUGUGGUGCUGAACCAGGCACUGGGGGGGCUGCUGGUGGCCGUGGUGGUGAAAUAUGCCGACAACAUCCUCAAGGGCUUUGCCACAUCGCUCUCCAUCGUGGCCUCCACAGCUGCCUCAGUGGGGCUCUUCGGCUUCCGUCCAGACCCACCCUUCCUGCUCGGCGCUAGCCUCGUGCUGGCUGCUGUCUACCUCUAUAGCCUGCCCCGCAGCGGGCCAGGCCAAGGGGACAAGGCGCCUGGGCCGCAGGCCCCACUGGGACCUCAGCCCCCUGGGCCGGAGACAGGAGUGGGCAAGGCACCAGAAAAAGAGAAGGGCUCCUGACUGCAGCCCUCAGCUACAUGGAUCCACCCCAGAGCUGGACGCAGCUCGGGCCUCUCCAGGAAGUGAUAUACUUAGCCCAUCUCCAGCUGU